AUGGCAGUAUCAAGGGGUAUAAUCAACUCGAUCCUUGCACUUAGGAUUUUUACUCUCUUGUUCUGUGCUGCUUCCCUGGCAAUUAUCGUGAUCAGCAUGAUCAGUGGCGGCCUCAAAACCCAAUUUCGCGGUAUCAAGAGUUACAGGUAUGUCUUAGCUGCUGCAGCAGGUGGAAUUUUAUACUCAUUGAUUCAACUGCCUUUCGCAAUGUAUUAUGCCGCCAAAGAGAAGAGAUUGAUUAGGGGCCAGUUUCUGCCAAUGUUUGAUUUCUACGGAGAUAAGGUGGUAGCCUUUUUCUUGGCAAGUAGUAUUGGUUUGGGUUUUGGCGUCAGUUUUGAAUUCAAAGAUAUCAAAAGAGGAGAUACCAUUGAGAGGGGUUAUAUUGCCAGUGGUCUGCUGCUGGCAGGAUUUGUAACAGUGGCUUUACUAACCAUUCUUACUUCCAUGAACCGCAAGGGCAGAGGCUUCUAG